CACUAGCAAACAAAACAAGCAGCAGUGGGUAAUUCUGACUGCGGUCUGCUUGCCUCAAUUCAGCAGCUCCCAGCCCACAAGAAAUGGAAACCAUAAUAUAAUAGUAUAUAUACUGAAAUGAAAAAACAGAACGAAAAAAAGAGGAAAGAUGCCUCCCACUUGGUCUGGAUUUCGUACCACCACCAAUCUUCAUGCAUAACUCAUCUUCUGAUCCAUCCAGGAAAAUCAACACAGAAACGAUUUUGUCACCGGAUCCGUAUCUUUGAUUGUAUGUUUCCCCAUACCCCAUUGCUACAGCUCUAUCUCCCCCGCCUUAACUUGCUGCUACAAACUCCUCCCAUUACCCCAUCAACUAAAACCUGCCCAUUUGAUCUCUUCAUGUUUCAGGUAGAUCCUCCAAAUCCUUAAACCUAGCUCAGCAGAUCCAUCUUCCUGCUCAAUCGAUAUCACUGAACACCAAAUAUGAAUGGAGUAUCUUAACCCAAAUGGGGAAAUCUCCAUCCAACAUUAUUAUAAACCCACUUGCAUGCUGCUACAGAACCAGACCAGCACAGAGACAGAGACUUAUGCAUUCUGCGCCAUAAACAAGCUAGCUAGUCAUGAUCCUGCACUAGUGCAAUCAGCAAAGAUUUAGUAGUAGUAGCCAUUAACUCAGAUGCAUUCUAAGUCAAAAGCAGUCACACGACAUACCCUUCAAAACCCAGUACGUACUAACUCAACCUCCCGCACUGUCCAUAACAUAUAUUUUAUUGCCUUCUUGUCUCCCCGUGUCCCUUCCUCUUAAUCAGCCAAACAUUUGUCCUGUUCUGGCAUCCCAGAGGAGAGAAGCAUCCUCGACACUUCUUCUUCUCCUAACCUACUGUUCCUUUGCCUCCAUGCUAGUAAAAAACUCACUACUCUCCUACCCGCACGAGCUACUUACCUGGAGAUCCCAAAUAGAAGUUACCUCCCUCUUUCUUCUCCCCGACCCAUUUCUCCCUUUAUAAAUCCCCUCUUCCCCACUCCACUACACUUCACUGAGUUCCUCCAUCAAACACCAAGUAAGUUCAAUACUUCAUUUCCCUCAUACAUCCAUCAAAACCCUUUUGAGCUCUCAAUCUUUCCCACGAACCCAGAUUGCCUCUUCCACAACAUGGGUUGUUCCGAGGACUAUAACCCGGGUUCUAGGGGCAAGCAUUUUGUCAAACACUUGACCUGCAGGAAGCAAUUCCCACUAGCCAAUGAGGGCAGACGCCCUCCAACACUGCUCAAAGAUUUCCUACUCGAGGAUUCCAUCACCUGCUCCUCCUCUUCGGGGUUUAAAUCUCUCCCCAGGAUACAGCCCGACGGACCUAAAAAGAUACUCACACCUCAAACAUCCAAAUCGACCGUCUCGACGCUUCGCGCCAUGAUCAACGCCGUCAAGAGCAUCCAAUUCGUGAAAAAUCCUCCCUCAAUUCUGCCCCGAAGCCUCUCCCGCAGGCUGCUGUCCAGGAAAACCACCAGCAGCACGAAACAGGACAGUUUCCAGAUCGCGUCGGUGAGAAUUGCCGUCACGGUCAAAGACAUCAUACGGUGGAAAUCUUUCCGCGACCUGCAGCAGGAGGAAGAGGAAGCGCGCGAAUUAAGUACUCCUCACUGCUCCAUCGACGACACAACGGAGACGGCGUCGAGCAGCGGCAGCAAGGGAUCGAGCUGGUGCGACAGCGAUUUCAGCUCCGAGUGGUGGUGGCAGGGUGAAUCGGGAGAUUUCAGUGGCAAGAAGUUUGGCAACUUUUUACCGGGUGUCGGCGGCGGGAAUUUUGUGGAAGAGACAGCAGGGGAAAACGCCAAAUGGGCUGAAGGAGUGGGCCAGCCUGAGGAAGCGGCAAGUGACGAUGACGUCACCUGGAUGUCAUCCGCCGACGAUCAAAGUGAAACCACCAGCAGCAGCCCAGAAGAAGAUCACAAGACCGAUGACGACGAGGACGCCACAUCUGCUGCAAGUUAUGAAGAAGAAGAAGAAGAAGAAGAGGGAGCUUUCCACAAGGCGUGGCAAUUGCUAGAUCGCGUCCGCGCUGGCAGUGGGAAGCAUUGGCGGUCUCAUGAAGAGCAACUGCUGUUGGAUUUCUUCAUGGACGAAUUAAUGGCGAUGAGCAGCAGAGAUAACAACGCGUGGAAGCAAGAUGGCGGGAAAAUUGCGAUUAUUAACGGUGAUGCAGAAAAAGAAGAGGAGGAGGAGGAGGAGGAGGAGGAGAUGGUGAUCGCCAAAGCGAGGGCUUGGAUUGAUGAGGAUAGAGAGGUGAUUAAUUGGAUGAAUGAAUCAGUUGCUGGAAGCAAGAAGAGGGAUGCUUGCAUUCAGGCCAUGGACAAGGAAGGAAAUUGGAGCAAAUUUGGAAGAGGAGGAGAAGGAAAGGAAGUGGGCUUGGAGAUUGAGGAUGGGCUUUUUGAUGAUUUGAUUAAUGGGCUAGUGGCCGAUAUCUUAAUAGUAUGAAGAGUACUAGUUAGCAACACUUAGCAGCAUUCACUAAGUGGAUAAGGUUGUAAAUUUUAGUAGACUUCGGGCUUUUUGUUUUGGGCUAGAAGAUAUGUGGGCUCUGUGGGAGAUGUGGGCUAUGAGAGAUGUGAGGUGGAGCCUUGAGAUUUAAGUAAACAGUUUGGAAUGUGGACUGUGGAGAGUGGGGUUGGGCAUAUUUUUCGGUUGUUCGAUCGGUUUCGUAAUUCGAAAUCUGGUACGGUCGAUGAGAUCCUAAUUUUCGAAUUUAUGUCUAUUUCUCUUCUGAAUUCCGAUCCGAUUAUUCGAGUUCCGUCAAUUCACUUUUGGUUUGGUUAAGUUAAAAAAAAAUUCAAACCUGA